AUCCCAGGCUGUGUGUGUCUGUCCCGUAAGAGGCCAUGUGGCUGCACCUGGCGGUCCUCGUGGGCCUCUACUACCUCUUGCGCUGGUACCGGGAGAGGCAGGUGGUGACCCACCUCCGGGACAAGUUCGUCUUCAUCACGGGCUGUGACUCGGGCUUCGGGAACCUGCUGGCCAGGCAGCUGGACCUGCGAGGCUUGAGGGUCCUGGCUGCGUGUCUGACGGAGCAGGGGGCCGAGCAGCUGAGGAACGAGACGUCAGACAGGCUGCAGACGGUGAUCCUGGACGUCACCAAGACUGAGAGCGUUGCUGUGGCCACCGAGUGGGUGAAGGAGCGUGUGGGGGACAGAGGACUCUGGGGUCUGGUGAAUAAUGCCGGCAUUUGCACACCCAUGGCACCCAACCAGUGGCUGACCAAACAGGACUUCGUGAAGAUUCUGGAGGUGAACCUGUUGGGGGUGAUUGAUGUGACCUUGAACGUGCUGCCCCUGGUGCGGAAGGCGAGGGGCCGUGUGGUCAACGUCUCCAGCGUCAUGGGCCGGGUGGCCCUCUUUGGUGGAGGCUAUUGCAUGUCCAAAUACGGCGUGGAGGCCUUCUCAGACUCCCUCAGGAGGGAGCUCUGCUACUUUGGAGUGAAGGUGGCUAUGAUUGAGCCCGGUUACUUCCUGACCAAUAUGACCCAAGAUGAGGUGUUUAAUGGAAACGUCCAGGCAUCAUGGGAUCAUGCCAGCCCAGAGAUCCAGGAACUCUAUGGAGACAACUUUCUUGCUGACUUCAUGAAGGCAACGGAUUUUCUGAAGGCGCCGUGGGCUGGAAAUCUGUCCUUGGUGACUGACUGCAUGGAACAUGCCCUGACCGCCUGCCAUCCCCGCAGCAGAUACUCGGCUGGCUGGGACGCCAAGUUGUUCUAUCUCCCCAUGAGCUACCUGCCCAGCUUCUUGGUGGAUCUCAUGAUGUAUUGGUGUUCCCCUUUGCCUGCUAAGGCCCUGUAAUCCAAGAGUGGGGUGCAUGGUAGGCAGGAGUUGGGUCGUGGGUGGGGAGAGGACACAAGGAGGGAGGGAAAUAGAGUGGAGAGGGGGAUUCUCACGGAGCCAGAACACACAUUCCACCUCACUCCCCACCCAAUCCCCAAGCUUUGCUUGGGUCAUUGCUUAGGACUCGGGGACAGUAGGAAGAAAGAGACAAAUUGUCCCCGGGGAGCUGGCGUCAGCUGAUCAUGUCUCCAUUCUGUCCCUUGUGUGUUAUGCCCCACAUCAGCUGUGAAGAGCCAUACUGUGGCGAGGACAUGAGACACUGGGGGCUUCAGUCCCUGUGCUUUGGCUCUGUCUACCGUUCCAGAUGAAUCUUUCCCGUGUCCUAUCUCCCUCUUCCCCAGGACGGAAAUGAUGGGCAGGGGGAUAAAAGCCCCUCUUCCCUGGAGGUGUCUGUUGACAGUGGGGGGUAUCCACCAGCCUGAUCCAAUAGCCUGGGUGCCAGUGCAGUGGCCUUGGCAGGUUUGGACACGGAAACCAGGUUUUGAUCCAUCUUGGA